AGGCGAGUGCGUCGCAUUGUCUCGGACUGAGUGCGCGUCGAAACGGAUAAAGUCACAGUCGAGUUGUUUUUAUGAACCUUGUGUCGCGAAUUGCUUUGUUAGAACAAAAACUUUAUUUUCUUAUAAUAAAAAUGUAAAGUUUAGUUGAUAUUUAUGGUGUAAAUAGUAGCUUACAGCCCUAACAGUGUUUGGUUGUUAAUCAUGUCACAAAACACAAAAAGAAGUGCUAAAAUGUUUAGAGGUGAUGGUUCAUGUGUCUGGUGCUUGUAUCUUGUGUAUUUCCUGAUAUUACUGGACUUGGCGACGCGCUGCACGGAAGCUUAUGGAAAUCCCUCUUCAGACUUCAGUAAACAUAGUAUAGUUAGGCCGAAAUUUCACCACACUAGGACGAAAAGAGAAAUUACGACGACACAAGAUGAGACGGGUUCACAUCAUCCAGAGGUGACGCUAACAGUGAGCAUAGACGGUGAAGAGCACGAGCUAGACCUGCGGCUGAACGAGGCGCUGGUGCCGCGGGGACACUCGCUGAGCUACCAGCAGGGUGGUCGGACUAAAGUGAACGUGCCAGAGAAAGAGGACCUAGAUAUAUGCCAGUAUUCUGGACGAGUGCGAGGCAAGCCGGGCUCGUGGGCCGCGGUGUCAACCUGCCACGGAGUGAAGGGCGUCAUCUACGAUGGACGACAGCUGCGGUACAUCGAACCAGCACACGACAACGAUAUAAACGCGGACCACUUUCUGUAUUCUCACGAGCACCUAGCAAAAGAGCACCGGUGUGGCUACGAAGGCGGCACCACACACAACUCCAGCUACGAUCCCAUGUUGUUCCAACAGAGGACAGAAGAACUAGCAAGAAAGAGAUCCCGAGUCAGUCGGUACAAACGCGACACCUACGAAGACACGCUAGUCCGAGAGCCGUACAACGCGGACCGUCGCUCGCGCUACGUGGAGCUCGUGCUGGUGGUGGACCACGGGGAGUUCCUCGCCAGCGGCGGCGACCUGCAGCUGGUGCAUAGACAGAUGAAGGACCUGGCCAACAUCAUCAACUCGGUCUACGCUCCGUUAAACAUCUUCAUAGCGCUCGUAGGCGUAGAGAUCUGGUCAGAAAACGACGAAAUAGUGCUAGAAGAGGAUGGAGACGCCACGCUCAACAAGUUCCUGCACUAUCGGAAGACUGUACUAGUCACUAGGAUACCUAACGACAACGCUCAACUGCUUACCCGCCAGAACUUCAAAGCGGGCGUGGUCGGCAAAGCCCUCAAGGGGUUCAUGUGUUCCUACAACUACUCGGCCGGGGUCGCCACCAACCAUUCACGGGUUAUAGGGCUCGUGGCCAUGACCAUCGCGCACGAGAUGGGACACAACUUUGGCAUGGAACAUGACCAGGAACCGGACUGCGAGUGUCCAGACAAGAAAUGCAUCAUGAGUCCCUCGAGCACUUCAGUGACGCCGGUGCACUGGUCUUCUUGCAGUCUCAAGUCCCUGGCUCUGUCUUUUGAGAGAGGCAUGGACUACUGUCUGAGAAACAAACCCAAGCAGCUAGCCGAAUCCCCGACCUGCGGCAACGGCUUCCUGGAAGAAGGCGAACAGUGCGACUGCGGCACCGCGCCCGGCGCCUCCUCCCCGGCCGCCGGCGACCGCGCCGCCUGCACGGCGUGCUGCACGCCCGACUGCACUCUACGGGCUAAUGCCACGUGUGGCCACGGACAGUGCUGCGAUCUCACGACGUGUCGUCCCAAAGCAGCGGGUACAGAAUGUCGCGCCGCCGACCGCGAGUGUGACUUGCCCGAGUACUGCAGCGGCCAUUCUCAGUUCUGUCCCCACGACGUUCACAAGAUGGACGCCACGCCGUGCGGGAGAGAACAGGCUUACUGCGUGCGGGGUUCAUGCCGGUCGCACACAGACCAGUGCAGGCUGCUGUGGGGCGUCACGGGCGCUUCCUCAGACGACAAGUGUUACAACAACUCCAACAUCAAGGGCGAUGACCACGGCAAUUGCGGCUACGAUCGCGUGAACCAGAUCUACCGGCGCUGUGCACCGCAAGACGUAAUGUGCGGCAUGCUGCAGUGUCGCCAUCUUAACGAACGGCUCGAGUUCGGCAUGGAGAACGCGGCAGUACUCACGGCUACCUUCAUAAACAACAACGGUGUAAUAAUUCCUUGCCGCACGGUGAUCAUCGAUCUUGGACUCAGCGACGUAGACCCUGGUCUGGUGCCUGAUGGCGCCAAGUGUGGACCCGAUAAGAUGUGUAUGCAGCAGAAGUGCGUGCCGGUGGAGCUGGUGCGGGCGGCGAUGGCGACGCGGGAGGGCUCCGUCUGCCCCUCCAACUGCUCCGGGCACGGCAUCUGCAAUUCUAACGGCAACUGCCACUGCGAGGCCGGGUUCGCGCCGCCGCGCUGCGCGCUGCCCGGCGCCGGCGGCUCCUACGACUCCGGCCCGGCUACUGAUCCUAGUGUCCAAAGAAACUUCAUGGUGGUGAUGUACGUGAUAUUCCUCGGGAUCAUCCCGGGCACCCUCCUCGUACUCCUCCUGGUCUACUACUCCCGCCACAACGUCCUCCUGUGGUGGAAGAAGCCGCGCAAAUCGGUCCAGUCACCAAAGAGCAGCCUCCAGCACCGCAUCUCGCUGGGCGCGCACAAGCUCGCGGCCAACUUCACGCCGCAGCCCGCGCCGCCCGCGCCGCGCGCCGACGACAUGAGCUCCAGCCUGCUCGCCGACACCAGCCCGCCGCCCCUCAACCCCACCGUCAACUUCUUCGGAAACUUCAAGGGCUUCUCUCUCACUCCCAUCGAGAAAGAAGAGGAAAAAGAACAGGUAAAAGAACCCGUCAAAAGCGCGAAGAUCACCCCCGUACAUCGGAGUGGAAGCAACAGUAACAAUUUAGCCAACCAGGGCGUUUUAAAGCCAGUUCUGCGCAGCGCGCCGCCUCUCCCGGUCGUUCCGAACAGUCCGAAGACCAGUCCGUCGAUUAAAAGAACCGGGAGCUCCGUCCAGAGAAUAAAAGCGCUUAUGAAUGCGGAGAAGGAGGAUAGCACCCCCGUCAUGGCGACCCCGCCGCCGCGGCCGGUCAUAUCCAGUCCUAUACUCGAAGCCUCCACUUGUACCGCGAAGGAGUUGAUAUCCCCGCUCGGCUCGAAGACUCUAGGCCCGGUGCGAGCGGCCCCGAAUGUUCCAACUAUGUCACCGGAUUUACCAAAGAGACCUUUAAGCAUGCACGCGAGUACAGUCCCCCAAAAACCGCUACCCGAAGAACCUAAGAAGGUCAAAGAAGGCAUAUCUUUAAAUAGGAUAGCGUCUUUUCUAAAACACGACAAGCCUAAGGAAAAGGAGCGCAAUCCGGUUGAAAGAAGCCACUCGCUUCCAAAAAAUCCUAUUCAUCAGAUAAAAGUACCAAAAUCAGUAGAUAAAGUUGCCCUAAGGAAUCUACAGAUAUCAAAUCCUAUAUUACAGAAGGGAAUAGAGCUCCCAGUAGCCACAGUACCGGUUGUGUCAGAUUCUGAAGACGCGGAAGAUCCGAAAGCGUUCGUGAAUAGGACUCAAAGUAUGAGAGCGGCUCCCGUCGUGCCUAAAGCACCUUUACAAACCUUCGGCUCCAUGAGGCAACCCUCGGGGGCCCCGCGACCUAUUUCAGGAGUAGGCAGACCCACUGCACCACCCCCACCAGCACCUAUUGAAGAAACUCCAGUCUACCAGAACCCUAAACCGAUAGAUCUUAAACAAACUGACUAUGUUGACUGUAUAGAAGAAAAACAGGCACCUCUCGCACAUAUAGAUGAAGAGUCAGGCGAUAAUAUAUAUGCUAUUAUUGAGGAAAGCCCUGAGAAGCACUCUAAACCCCUCCCCGGUGUGCCCCCGCCUAUAAAAACAAUACCCCAAGCACCACCAGUAGGAUAUAACACUCCAAAACCAAUCCCUUGUAAUUCUGGGAGCACAGAAAGCAUGGGUCUCCUAGGAGAAAUAGUAGACGAAAUUCAAAACAGGAACUUCGAUUCUAUAUACUCGGCUUCUACUUUGAGAAAAAAGAAAGGGAGGGCGAAGGAAAAUGAGGGUGAUAGAGAUAGCACGUAUAUGAACACAGCGCCGGAAAGCGUGUAUAGCAACUCUGGAGGAAAAAGUGUCGCUUCUACGACUAGCAGUGGCUACUUACAUCCGUCGGCAGUUAAUGUUCCUACGUAUUUGAACAAAGAUAAAGUAGAAAAUAAGGAGGAAAAAGCGCCGCCUUCUCCAAAAGCGAACUCAAAAAUACCACAAUUCGCAAGACAAGUGACUCCGCCUAAUUUAAAGACUUUUAAAACAGUCCCGCAGUCACCUAAAGCUACAAGUAAAAUAAAUCAGAAAAUCACAAAUAGUCCUGACGUUGUCUCUAGCUGUGCUGUUGCUGACAAAGCGGUUAAAGCACCUGAUGUUAUAAAUAACAAUAAAAUAAGUGAUACUCCAAAAGUAGCUGCGAAACCUAGCAUCACAGCUAAACCGAACGACAAUCGACCACCUUUGCGACCCGCUCCGGGUGUCGAUAAAAAACCAACAGUCAAACCUACACUUAAACCGGUCACUAAUAUAAAACCUCAAAUAAACCGUACAAAUUCCAAAGUAGACUCUAACAUAGCUGCCAUAGCAGACAACAUUAAUAAAAACAAACCUAAAGUGGUCCCUAAACCGACGGGUUUACAAAGAACAGACUCGAAUGUAAAACCUAACGCUAGUAAACUGACUUCUAAACCGUCAAACGUCGCGAGUUUGCAGCAGAAAUUUGAAAAUAGAAAAUCGAUAGGCAAGGAGCCGGUAGCUAAGAAAUAGUUUUAAGAAAAACUGCUAUCGUUUUGUAUAGCUUGAACAGUUUUAUUACUCGGCGAAUUUUUGCAUCGAUACAGUCAAGCGCUGCCCGAAUACAAAAAAUAAAAUUUUACUUGCAGACCUUAAUAAAUUAACAAUUUAUUUCCAUUUAAUUUAUAUAAAAGAAUUUCGUUACACUAUGUAAUCCAGUAAAUUAAGCUAUGUACGAAAACUUUGUCCAUUGACUUUGAGUUUUAAAUUAGUAUACAAUUUAAUUGGUAUCUACCUUGUAACGAAUAGUCAUACAUUAUUGUAGGUAUCGAUCGUUACACAAAGGAAACAAUUAAUUUGUUAAACUAAGUUUUUACUGUGUUUAUUAAACCAUCAAUGAUGAAGCGCGACUGUAUCUCUGCAAAACGUCGUGACGACGUGAAUGACUUUUAGCAUAUAUACAUAAUACAUAAGUAAUGAAACAAGUGGCAGCUAAGAAACAAAUACAUCUAGUCUGAUAGUAAGUAAACCGACACAGACGAUUCGAAAUAACUAUGUAAUUUCCCGGUACUAAAAUGACAUUGCAGUUUAGUACGUCUACUUACGGUUUAAUUAAUUACAUUGUGUAACUAAAGAAUAUUUUCGUUACAUAAUGGAAUAGAUUUCAGUAAAUGGAACUUAUAUAAACUAGAGCAUUUUGCCUUUUUAUGCUUCAUAACGUGUCAGUCGUAUUUUGAGAUCUAUUUUCGGAAUGUCAUGUAAUAAUAAUCAAUAUAAUUGCUGGUCGCCCAAAAACGAAAUUGUGUGACGCGUCAUUCCAAUAAUUUUGUGUCAAAAAUAUCACUUUCUGGCACAAAAUAAAUAUGCAAACAUGAAUUUACAAACAUGGGCUAUAUAUGUAGUUUAUUUCGAUUAUGUCAUUUUGGUAACGGGAAUCUAUCGAGUUUAGGUACGUUAUUAGGUUUAACGGAAUAUUUUUGUAAUAUCAACCAUAUUUGACAUUAUUUUAAUGUAAUAUAGCCUAUUUAAACUCAGUGUUCAUAUUUUGAUAGUGUAAAAGCAUUUUGACGAAUAGAUGAUUAUUAAGAUUAAAAUGUAUAAACGUCUUAAUAUAUUUCGAUUAAGAUUUGUAUGGAUUUUUCCUGCUUCCUUACGAUUUUUAAGCAUUUUAAAAGGGCAGUAAAAUUCAUACGACAAUAGGAUAGUUUAAGAGAUCUCUGUAAAUAAUUUAAUUGUAAUUUUGUAAAUUUUCUUUGGCGUUUGUGAUUUUUAACAUGAAGUGUCUUAAAGUCGUACAUACAAUAAAUGGUUUAAUUGUAUUUUUAUAAAGACUAUAAGUAACGUUUGUGAGUUAAAGAUAUAAAUUUAGAUGUGUGUUUGUUGAAAAAAAUAUAUAAAGUGAUAGCAGAGAUAUGAAGUAAAUGAGAAUUUCUUUUAUUUUUUGCCAUUUUUAUAUGUUGUGACCUUUUUUGCCACUUUUGUGUUAUAUCUACUCCGAAUCACGAUCUCUUUCGAUCCUAAUGGGAUAAAAAAAUGUCACAGAGUGUUUUUCCUAUUGUGUUACCAUUUCCCCAUAUACUUUGUAUGGCGGUAACAAAAAAUAAGUUUGAAAAAUGUAUAGACAUUUUUGAACACUUUUCUCCUAUAAGGAUGAAAAGGACUCGCGAUCCUGACUAGAAAUAACACAAAAGUGGCAAAAAAGGUCACAAUAUAUAAAACUGGCAAAAAAUAAAAGAAACGCUCAAAUAAUACUGAUAAUCUCAGUACAUUUUUUCGUCACUGUUAAAGUUAGUCCAAUACAUUUAGGCGAGAUAAAUAGACACCAAUUCGGAACGCAAUUUGGUAUAGAGAUUACCAGUCUUUCUUUAUUAACUGUUCUCUGGUGAUAGUAAUAUUAUGUUUCCAUGCCUACUUUCUUUUUUCAUCCUCAGUCUGGUGCUAAGGCAAUAAAUAGUUUAUUUCUAUACCACAGUUGUAUCUAUGUGAUGAACUAUUUUUUAUAGUGGCAUGAUACAUGUAAUGUGUUGUGAGAUCCAAUGUAACUUUAAAAUAGUAACAAUAUCUAAAUCGUUAUAAAAUAUAGUAAAAUUCAUGUAGUGAUAUUCCAAUUCCCACUGCCAGAUUGUUGUGUACAAAUCAGAUGGUGCUGACGUGACGUCACAAAAUGGAAAGUAAAUUCACAUAACUUAAUUACAUAAUUUAUACAUUACAUCGAAAUUAGUACUUGCAAUAUAUGUAACACAAUAGGAGACUAAACUAAGAUAUGGUUUAUAAAACAUUAGUUGGUUAAGGCCUUAUUUUUCUGCAAUUUAUAUACUCCAUAAUGUAACGGAAAAUACUUAUUAAAUUUAUGGUAGAGUUAGACCAAGAAAAGACUGCAGCGAUUUUGCCCACGCAGUGCACGUUAAACUUCUAUGAAAUUAUGACGUAUAAAUAACACUUGCACUGCGUGGGCUAUCAUAAUCGCUGCAGACUAUUCUUGGUCUAACUCUAAUAACUUUCGUUACACAACAGAAUAAAUUUAAAUGUAGAUUUAAGGCAUUAACUAGCGUUUUUCAAUCAAUCAAAUUCUGAUUUUUGGAUUAAAAAUAUAAGGAUAAAAUGUAUGGAAGCAAAUUACAAAUUAUUCAUGAAUGUGUAUAUUAAUACUUAAAUUAGAAAUUAUUAAUUAUUUUGGCUUUUAUGGCGAUAUCUUAUGAAGACUGAACCCGUCGAAGAAAUUAAAGUGAUGCUUUAGCUGCUUAUAGAUAUUAUUCGAAAUAAGUAACGUAUGUAUUUACAGAAAUAUAAAUGGCAAGCAAUGUGACUGUAUUUUAGUAAAUUGCACUGAAUAUUGGUGAGAGAUUCGCAUUUAUUAUUUGGAGUGUUUUUAAAAGGUAGAGAUAGUCUGUGAUUGAAAGAUAUAAUCUGACAAAAAAGAGUAGAAAUUAAAAAGUGGCAAUACUGUAGUGUCGUCGGUUUCAAAUCAAUCCAUAUGUCGUAGGCCGAUCGUAAGAUCAGGCAUAUCGUAAUGUUCCUGUGUAAUGUUUUGACGACAGUCACAUCAAACCAAUACAUAGGUAAGAUAGGUUCGUUAGGUUGCUUCAGAUGCCCGAAGGGCAAACUGCCCAGAAAUAGGAGCCCCGCGGGGCUCCGUCGACUCAGGGAACAAGUCAAAGAUUUUCACGUUUCACGAUAUGCCUAGGAAUUUCACGAUAUGCCUGAUCUUACGAUCGGUCGCCGACAUAUAUAAGAAAACGGGACGACACUACAGUCUUGCAACUUUUUAAUUUCUACUCUUUUUAGUCAGACUGUAAAUACCUAAUUCUAUUAAAGUCAUGUUUUCAUUUACAUAUAUGUAAUCUAUCUUUUUCUAAAGUACAUAAUCCUAAUCAUCUCACGAUAUGUCUGACUCUUUAUAGAGGCGUGUUUGGUCGCUAGAAAAGGAUAGAUAUUAUAUAUGCGUUGAUAACCACUAAUGAAUUCAAAUAUUCCUUUCAAAAAUUCCUUUUUUUAUUUUACCUAGACCCAGUGUUUUUGUGUAAUAAGUUGAAAUAGAAUUAGAGUUAGACCAAGAAAAGUCUGCAGCGAUUUUAAUAGCCCACGCAGUGCAAGUGUUAUUUAUACGUCAUAAUUUCCUAGAAGUUUGACGUUUAAAAUAACACUUGACUUUUCUUGGUCUAACUCUAACAUAACGUCAUAUUGUAUAAUAAUACACCCUGUGUUACUUCUGUUACUCCAUAGGUUUUGCUAAGUGAGCUCGAAAAGUACAUAACUAGAUGUAAAUAGGUACAACCAAAGAAUAAAUAAGUGCGUUUCAUAAUUCAGCUAAUGUGAUGUUUGGUUGGUUAUAAUAUAAUAAAUAAGCUUAUUAUAUACUCAAGACUGUGAAACAUUCACAUAUUGUUUAAAAAAGCACUAAGUUACUUUGACCUUAACACACUUAAGGCAUUUUUAGGAAAAGUUACUUAAAUGUAAAUGGUCACUUCUUUAUAACCUAAGUUUCUUUGGUCCCUAGUGACGCGGAUGUUUUUGAAAAUACACCAAAUUUAAACUUA